AAAGUUGGCACAGGUGGACCUGAAUGGACAACUCUUCAAAUAUGAAUGGGCAGUCUUGCCAGGAAGGAUGAGUUCCAAGACGAAGAAAAAAAGUCGAACGUCCUUCGGGGCUACAGCACCGCCCUUCAUUGACUACCUACAAGAUAUUCUACGACGAUAUCCAGAUGGUGGACAAAUUUUGAAGGAGCUGAUUCAGAAUGCAGAUGAUGCUAAAGCCACAGAGGUGAUUUUCGUACACGAUGACAGAAGUUAUGGGACUGAAAGCCUGUGGACUGAUGAAUUGGGAAAAUACCAAGGUCCUGCCCUCUAUGCAUACAACAAUGCAGCAUUCACUGAUGAGGACUGGCAGGGAAUUCAGAUGGCAGGGAGGAGUGUCAAGCGCAAUGACCCAAACAAAGUUGGGAGGUUUGGAAUCGGCUUCAACUCUGUUUACCACAUAACAGAUGUGCCAAGUAUAUUCAGUUCAGAGCACCUUGGCAUGAUGGACCCCCAGGAGAAAAUAUUUGGAGAAAGAGAUAGCGGUUUUUUGUGGUCUUUGGAUGAUGCAGAACACCAGGAAGCUCUAAUAGAGAUGCAUGACCAGUUCCAACCCUUUCGAGAUAUAGUUUCACUUGUCAGCAGAAAGGAAUGGUCAAAAGUCAUCAAUGAGGAUCAACACUUUGACGGGACAAUUUUCAGGUUCCCUUUGCGCAAAGAGGCAUCAGAUAUUUCAGAUAAUCUCUAUGACUCUGACAGGGUGGUUGAGCUUUUUGAUAGCUUCAUUGCGGAUGCAGAUUUAAGCCUCCUGUUCCUGAAAAAUGUGACCUCGGUUUCCUUGAAACAUAUCGACAUGCAUGGCACCGUUAAAAUCAGACUUGAAGUGAAAUCUUCAAUCCACACGGAUGUCGUUCUGGAGUCAGAAGACAACUCAAUCAUCGAGAGUUCAACACGAUUCAAAGUGAUAACCCUCAACUCAGAAGACCACAAAGAAGAUCACAAAGACACAAAAUGGCUUUUAACAACCUGUAUCAUGAAAGAAGGAAAUGUAGAACAUCUUGAUUCACUUGCGAAAAAGUUGAGCUUUUUCCCUCAAGUUGACUUAGCAUUCCCUUGUGGUGAGAAGAGAGACUGUAGUGAGAGCAGAUUGAGCUGCUUUCUCCCCCUACCAAACAAUGAAUCCAAUAAGACCGGACUCCCAGUUUAUAUCAAUGCAUGCUUUGGCCUCACAGACAACAGAAGACAAAUCAAGUGGCAAGAGGAAGACCAGCAACAUGACGAACAUGCUGUGUGGAAUGAAUUGCUGAUGAACAAGGUGCUACCACAGGCAUACAUCAUGAUCAUUCAAGAUGCUAUCAACCUUGCACAACAAGAUAAUCUGCCUGUCUCUUCAGUGUACGAUCUGUGGCCAGAUAUUGCCCAGGUAAAGCACAAACACAAAUGGUAUGCCGUUGCUCUGGAUGUUCUUGAUCACUUAUUCAGGCAGAAUGUGGCUGUCCUCUCUCUUGCAAAAGAGGAAAGAGAGUUUAUCACUCCAUCAGAAGCUGUGUUCCCCUGUAAUGGUCCAACAAGCGGUGACAUAUUGGCCGCAAUUAAAAGGACUUUGGUUUCCUGCGGAGAAAAUCUUGUCACUUUACCAGGUAGUGUUGCAAGAGCUAUAGAUGAGGCCUAUCCACACCGAGACACCCUAAAAUAUGUGACUCCAGCUUUCACAAGGGGCUCACUCCGCAAGUUUGACGUGCACACCAUCUCUGAACAUGACAAACUCUGCCUUUUGGAGUUCAUUUUAAGUGAUGGAAAAUACAGAGAGCUGGAAGGACUUCAGCUGCUUCCACUCAAUGAUGGCUCUUUCAGAUCAUUCACAGACAGAGAGGAGGACACUGCUUUGAUUGACAGCAAUACAUUUCCAAGAGUCUUGCUACCAUUCUGCAAACACCUCUUCAUCCCAGCUGAUCUCCGUCCAGCCUGCAGUGCCCACCUGAAAGAACUGGCCAGAACAAAUCUUUUCAAGGUCAUCAACCUUGACGCAGAAAAGGUGGCUGAAUAUACAAAGAAGUUUUUGCCACAGGACUGGAAGCAGAUGAGCAAGGGGCAUGUUAACUGGGAUGUGAGCAGCAAUCAACAACCUCCUUUAGAGUGGCUCCAAGAGUUCUGGGCAUUUCUCAACACUCACUUCAAAGAGUUAAGUAAGUUCAUUGGAAUGCCAUUGAUACCAGUCAGUCCCCUGUCAGUCAGUCAGCUAGUAUCACUAGCUAGACUAGAGCAGAACACAACCCUCAUUUUUCAGAAAAAAAAGCAGAUGAACUUGCCAGAAAAAAUAACUCAGUUGCUAAACAAACUUGGCAGCACAGUGGUAAGAGAAAAUGACUGGCUCAAACAUGAAGACCUUGACUCAUAUGUGCUGUGCCCAUCUCCAAAGAGUGUCAUGAAAGUAUUGGGGAACCUAGAUUCUCAGAAUCUCAUCACAGAUCUCAAAACUGCCUCUCAAGGUGAACGAGAAGAACUGAGGGAUUAUCUCUCUCGUCUUGAUUGUCUCUCAGUCACAGAGAUAGGCUUACUCUCAAAGUUGCCUCUGUUUCAAACCAUGAAAGGAUCAUGUGUUGCAGCUCAAUCAAAACAGGCUGUGCUUCAAAUGUCUGGUCUAACAGUGCCAACAGAUCUCCCUAUGCCUGAUUCAGUUGUGCGGUGUGCAACUGAGGCUGAUCGCAGACUGUUACAGCUGCUCAAAGUUAAACUUUUGGACACUGCUGAAGCAGCUCAUCUCCUUAUUGACUGUAUUGAGACAAAGGCUUGCAGAAGAGAAGACAUUGAGAAAAUCAUGACUUGGAUUUUACAGCAUGGAGCAAUCCUUUUCUCUCAAAAUCAGACCUUGAAAAGCAGAUGUAAGGACUUGAGCUUCAUUGAAGUGAAUGGAGAGCUGAAAAAACCCUCAGCCUUUUUUGAUCCAAGAAUUCAAACCUUUAAAGUCAUUUUCGAGCCAGAUUUCUUCCCUCCACCUCUUUACACUGGCACACCCCAGAUGCUUCAAAGCCUAACAGACCUUGGAUUACUAACUAAAGAAGUAGACGUGUCACCGGAGCACUUGUUGCAUGCUGUCACACUGAUUGAAAAAGUGCGUGUUUACUCUCAAACUGACGCUCUCAAUAGGGCUCAGGUGCUCUUGAAGAUGUUGGAUACUAAUGAUCUACAGUUUUCUCCUGAGCAGCUUCAUCGCAUCAAAAUGCUCAAAUGGAUCCCAUGUACUAAGCCUGGUAAUGAUGAAACGUACGGCAAUGACAAAUCUCAGAGAAGUUCAUUCUUCUGCCCAGAUGAAAUAAGACAUUCUGUGUAUGAGGACAUUGUUGAGCAUGUAAUGCCUCUGGUGGGUACUUUCAGUGAGAGAGUUAGCAGCCAACUUGGUCUCAAACGCAUACCCCCACCUGAAAAAGUGAUAGAGAAUUUGCGUGCUUUGACAUCAAAAGCACAGAAAAUGACUGAUCCUGACACAAAUGUGGAUUUUAAAAGGAAGCUGCAUAGCAUUUACAAACACAUGCAAGACCACAUAUCUGAUUUUUCAACAAAGAUGAAAAAGGAUACACACUGGCUGUGGAGUCACGACCAGUUUGUAUCACCACAGGAUCUGGUUCUAGACUACCCACGCAAUCUUGAUCUGAGUUCUUACAUUAGGAAGGUGCCAAAAGAAUUUCUGCCAUACAAGAAGUUGCUUCAGGAGUUUGGACUAAAAACAUUGCUUUCAGAUCAAGAAAUUGUUGGCAUUCUCCAUUCUAUCCAGAAAACCAUUGAAGAAACCCAACAGCCGUUUGCAAGUUCCUCUGAGGUAAAAGUGUCAAUAGAGAUUCUUAAGUGGCUGUGGAAAGAGAAGAAGACGGUUCAGGAUGAUAUCCCGGUGCCAGUUCUCAUUCAGGGUGAACAGCAUACCCUUAAACCACUGUCAACAGCAGUCUUCUGUGAUGUGAGCAAAAAUGGGUUGAAAGAGCUUAAGUACAGCCAGGAGGAAGUUCAUGUUGUACAUGAAGAUAUCACAAAAGCAGCUGCUGAAUGGUUGAACAUCCGAUUUCUCAGUACCUACAUUCUCGAUCCAGAGUUAGUGGGAAUAGAACAGUAUGGACAAUCUGAACCGAUAACAACGAGGAUUAAGAACAUCCUUAAGGAGUAUGAUGAAGAAAGUGACAUCUUCAAAGAGAUCAUUCAAAAUGCAGAGGAUGCUGGGGCGGAAGCCUGCAAGUUCUUGAUGGAUUUACGAGUGCACAAAGACUCCCCUGAAAGUCUCAUUGACCCUGACAUGGCCCUUUGUCAGGGACCUUGCCUUUGGGCAUUUAAUAAUGAGCAAUUCUCAGCUGAGGAUUGGAAAAAUAUUGUCAGAGUUGGCUCUGCCUCAAAAGAAAACAAAGUGGAAAAAAUUGGAAAGUUUGGACUUGGAUUUAAUACUGUGUAUCAUGUAACGGAUGUUCCUUCUAUCCUGAGUGGCAAAAGUCUUCUCAUACUUGAUCCAAAUGUAACCCACCUCACGAAACACAUCAAACAUAAAACAAAUCCAGGAAUCAAGCUGGAUCUCUCAAAGCAACAUCUUUUCUAUUGCUUUCCUGGUCAGUUUGGACCAUAUGAACGCAUUUUUGAUUGCAAUUUCAGAAGCCAAAGUCCCCCUGAACCAUAUCCAGGUACUCUGAUCAAACUACCUUUUCGAACUCAAAAAGAGGCUAACACGUCAGAAAUAAGUGAAAAAGUGUUUAACAAACAACAAAUCAUCACUUUACAACAGCACUUUACAAACAAUUCACAAACGCACCUGCUGUUUUUAAAGAACAUCAAUAUGUUAUCUUUACAAAGUAUCUCAAACAAUGCAUCAACCCCGCCAAGAGACAACGAAAUAAUAACAGACCUAAAUGUCUCCAAAACCACUGUGAGUACAAUGGGGAUUCCUGAUGAACCAAAUGUGUCCAAGCAGCAUCAAGCUGAGAAAGCAUUAAUGAAGCUCGAUGGGAAAUGCAAAGAGGUCAUUGACUGCUGCACAGUCAACAUUGUCCAAAUAAUUAGUCAGCAAUCUGGUAAAACUGAAGUCCAGUCCUGGCUCCUUUACCAAUGCUUUGGGACACAUAAGUGUUUGCAAAUGGCCCUUGAAGAAAACAAGCAAGCCAAGUUCUCUUUGCCCAUCGGGGGGAUUGCUGUGCCUUUGCAAACAAAUCCAGGAACUGGGAAGCUGGCCCCACUACAAACCGAUCUUGUAGGACAGGCAUUUUGCUUUCUUCCUCUGUCCAUUCACACUGGUCUUCCAGUCAAUGUAAAUGGAACAUUUGCUGUGACAAGCAACCGAAAAGGUCUGUGGGAGAGUGGCUUGAAGGAUAAGUGGAACAAAGCCCUUCUUCAGGAUCCUGUAGUGACAGCAUAUAUUACUACACUUUUGGCACUAAAGAAAAUGUCUGAAAACAAGCAACUGGAAAGAUAUUGCUAUCAUACCUUUUGGCCUGACAGCGAGAAAGUGAGUGACACUUUCAAGCCUUUGGUUGAGGCAUUUUACUCUGCCAUAGCUCAGCAAUCCAUUGGCCCAGAGCUCUUUAGUGAUGGGGAAUAUUGGUGCUCAAUGAACAGUGCCAUAUUUCUGCAUGAGAGUAUCGAAGAGGAUAAAGACGUGAGUGAACUUGCAGUGCAAGUGUGCAAAACACAUGUCAAAGCACCCAACCAUGUUGUUUCUCUUCCACUAUGGUUGAGAAAUAGCUUCAAACGGUCUGGCCUAGAGGAGGCUUUACAGAAUAGAACAUGGAACUGGGACAAGUUUUACCAAGAGGCUGUGUUCAACAACCUUGACACCAUGGACCCUAAGAGCAGAGAUACUCUUGUGCUGCAUGCGAUCGACCUUAAUAUCAAAGAAGUUGACAAACUUCUGGUAUGCUAUCCAUGCAUCCCCACAAUAGCCGGACAGCUCCAGCAUAUCAGGAAACUUGUGAAUCCAUCAGGCAAAGUGGCCUGUCUCUUUGAACCAGAAGAAGGACGCUUACUCGGUGGUACCAAAAAAGACUUUUACUCCCCCAAAAGGAUUAAACGCUUGUUGGAACUUGGAAUGGCAAAUGAUCAACUCCCAUUGGAAGAAAUCACAGAGAAAGCAUGCACAAUCCCCAGGACCUGGAGGAAUGACAAAAAGAAAGCAUUGGGUCAUUUAAAUUGCCUGUUUGAACUAAUGAAGAAUCACAUGAGUGAUAAAGACUCACUCCACUGGGAAACACUGAGGAUGACUGCAUUUCUCCCAGCAUUUCAGCCCGGUGAUACAAAAAUGAAAAGAAAUGUCACAUUCAAAAGGCCCACAGAUAUUUUUGGCGAAAAAUGCUCCCCACUUGUUAACAUGACACAGCACGUGCUGGAUCAUACCAAUCUGAACAUAUGCAACACUGAUCCACUCCUGCAAGUUUUAGGAGUUAAAGUCAAUCCAGGGCCUGACAAAGUGCUUCAACAGCUGAAAGAAGCAUGUGAGCAAUCUCAAUAUAUAGAUACAUCCAUGCUUCACAACAUAGCUUAUGAAUGCUAUAAGUUUCUUGAUCGGUGGCUCAGUGAUUCUGGGGAUACCAAUUCCAUUUCACAGAGUGCAAAUUCAUUCCCGUUCAUUCUUGUUGGCAGUACAUUUAUAAAUGUAAACUGUAUUGCAGAAAGUGGGCAAUUUGAAGCAAAACCCUAUCUCUAUGUACUUCCAACUGCCUUUAAUGGUUUCAGGAGGCUCUGGGAAAAUGUAGGAGUUGAACAAUCAUUUACAGCCAGUCAGUUUCUAACUGUGCUGCGGGAAAUACACUCUCAACAUGGCAACAAGACCCUGCCAAAGGCAGACCUUUUGAUUUGUCUCACAAUUCUCAGAGGAAUAUAUGAGGCCAAAGAUGAAACAACCAACUGUCUGAUACCCAAUGAGCAUGGCGUUCUACAACCUGCAAGUGAGAUGUUUUACAAUGACAGCCCAUGGAUGGCAGUCGAUCCAGGCGUUACAUUAUGUCACAAGGAUAUCCAACGUGCAAUGGCUUGUCACUUUGGAAUCACUUCUACAAGGCAUCAUACCCUGCUAAACUGUACAGCUGAGAACAUUUCACCAUUUGCUUUUCAUUUUGAACAGCAGGAACCACUAACUGUUCGCAUUAAAAACAUAAUUUCAGCCUAUCCAGCCAAGAAAGAUAUCCUUAAAGAGCUUAUCCAAAAUGCUGAUGAUGCAGAGGCAACAGAAAUUCACUUUGUUUGGGACAAACGACAGCAUGGCACAGAAAAAACAUUUGGAAAAAAAUGGAACAAACUGCAGGGUCCAGCACUGUGUGUUUUCAACAACAAAGUGUUUUCUGAUGCUGACCUGGAAGGCAUUCAACAGCUGGGAGAAGGAGGAAAGCGCAACUCUCCAGGGAAGACAGGAAAAUACGGAUUAGGAUUCAACUCUGUUUACCAUCUGACUGACUGCCCCUCAAUCGUCACUGGAGAUGAACUACUCUGCAUUUCUGAUCCCAAUCAAAAAUUCAUUGAAAGUCAUUCAGACAAACCACUAAAUGGCACUGGCUAUAAACUAGCUGACACUUUUAAGAACAUGUACAUAGAUGUCUACAAAUCCUUUCUUCCAGACAAAUUUCCCCUUAAAGAUGGCACCAUGUUCAGAUUACCCUUAAGGAUCGGUACCAUGGCAAACAGCUCUAAAAUAUCACAGCAGGGAGUCACAUACAAUGACAUGAAGGAACUGUGCUCUGCACUCUCUAAAGAUCCCGAAGGACUGAUUCUAUUUCUGAAAAACAUCUGCAAAAUAGAGGUCCAUGAAAUCAAUGAACAUUCAGGGGAACUCAAAACAAUCUUUAUGGUUGAAAAAAGCCUACCACAAGAAAGCAGAGGAAGUAAAGAUGCUUUUGAAAAGCUGCAACAAAAUGCGAUGCAAUCUGACAUACAGGUAACACCAGACAAGGCCAUUUACAAAGCAUUCAUUUCAACUUCGGAUAAAAGACAAAGUGAAUGGAUCAUUGCUGAACAGUUUGGGACAUUCAAGAACAGUGGCAAACGGGACAUAACACUUCCAGAAAAACUUCCUCAAGCAGCAAUAGCGGCUUGUUUGAACUCAAAGUGUUCUGUUGAAGCCCCAUCUCUCAAAAAAGGUUUCAUUGGAGAAGCCUUUUGUUCACUUCCUUUGCCAGGAAAAACUGGAUUGCCAGUGCAUGUCAAUGCAAACUUUGAGGUAGAUUCUGCCAGAAGAAACCUUUGGAAAGAAGAUGGGCAAAGUCUAAAAUUUAACUGGAAUGAAUCUUUGAAGCAGAAUGUCAUUGCUCCACUUUAUGCUGAUCUCCUUCAGUACAUGUGCCACCUCUUGGCAAAAAAGAAAAUCACUCCUGCAAGUCUAGAGUCAAUGUACUUACCUUUUUGGCCAACUGUGUCCCAACACGUUGGCCAGGAUUGGCAUGAAAUGAUACAUGAGGUCUACAGAUCAAUCAAAGAAAAAGGUCUUGAUGUGAUUCCAGUUUUGAGGAGUUCAACACGCAAAAUUGCAGGCCGUGAAUUAAAGACAUAUUCUUUUGACUGGUGUAAUGUCAGAGAAAAUGAAAUGACUAAGGCACCUUAUCUAACACAUUGGGAGACAAACAGGAUAAUGCCAAUUUUGGAGGAUCUUGGAAUGACAUUGGUACCUUCUUUCAUGGAAAAUGUUUGGGAAAGUUUCAGAUCCGCAGGCAUUGCAGUAAGAGAUGUGAAUCCUUCAAGUGUGCAGACUUUCCUGAGAGAAAUAACCGUCAAUGACCCCACCCAAACAGACAAGGAUUUACCCCUGCCCAUAACUGCCACCUUGAUCAGAGAUGGAGAAAGAUGUUCUGAGCUCUUGAGUUUCUGCUUGAAAGAGUUUAAAAAGACAGCAAAAAACAACUCCAUUACAAUCAAUGGACUACCACUUCUUCUCACAAGCGAUAACGUUUUGAGAGUGUUUAACUCCAAAUCUCCCAAGCUGAUAUCGAGAUAUGACAGUCUGUUCUUUGCCAACAAGGAACGGUUUGCAGACUUUCAGACAAACAAAGAGAACAUUGAUGCUCUACAAACUUUAAACCUUAUCCAAAGUUUGACGGUUCCCUGUGCAGCAGAAUAUCUGAAGCCGUUAAUUCAGACAUGUCUUCAGAGCUGUAAAGUUGAUCCACAAAGUGGUCUUCAUGUCCCAGAUGAGAGGAUGUUGAAGUGGUUGAAAUUACUUUGGAAGUUCUUAAUGAGUGAAGUUAAACCUGCAACAUCUAAUGGUGGAAAACAAAGCCUGACAAUAAGUGAUGUGAGGCAGCUCUUCGGCGACUGCUGCAUUUUACCUGUUGUGUGUCCAAGGUUGAAAAACAAACACUUCCUGAAAACAAUGAAAGACAUGCCAAGUGUGAUUUUGUUGGCCUCAGAAAAUGACUUAUCAGGCAUUCUAUUUAAACUUGGUCUUAUGAAGCUUGACAGUAUAUUCUUUACUGAGAUACAUGAACGUUCACUCCUAUACCCUGAACUUGUGGAUAUGGGUGAUACAAACUCUGUGUUGGAGCAGGUCUACAACAUUGACCACUCACAGUUUUCUCUGCUUUCAAAUGAGGAGUUCAAAGAGCUCCAGUUGGCCCUGCAGUCUGGGGUAUCCAAGUCCAAAGACAAACAAGGAUAUCAAAGAAAGCUCAAAUCCUUGCCAAUAUUUGAAACAAUACAUGAUGAACGAGUAAGGAUUGAUGGACCUAAAGAGGUAUUCAUCCUCAACAGCACAUAUUCAAAGACAUUUCCGGAUUUGUUCUCCCUAUCUGACAGCAACAGCAUUUUUCUCAAAAACAGUCCUGCAAACAACAAUCUAGCAGAAAAAUUGAACGUCCAAACCAUGACUGAUUUGGACUAUUUCAUGAAGUUUAUUCUGCCUGUUGUACACACACUCACUGAGAUGCAGAAGCUUUACUGCUUCAAACUCUUACUGACACCAGAAUUCAUGGAUUGUAAGUGUUGGGACACAAUCAUCUCAUCAAUGAAGUCAGUGAAAUUGAUUGCCAAUUCUCAAGGCACAUUGGAGAAGGCCUCAUACUUUUUUGAUGAGAGUGUUGAGCUGUACAAAAAAUGUUUGCCCCAGGAGAUGUUUGUGCCUGAGGGAUUUUGGACCGAAUUCUGUAAAGGGUGUCUUUCACUGGAUAAACCAAAGAAGUUACUAAGAGAUCUUGGAAUGAAGCAUGUUGUGUCAAAAGAUGACAUAUUAAACUUUGCACACCAGUUAGAAUCAGACGCAAAAGGAAAUGGAAACCUUGAUGACUUGAAACCAAAAUCAUCCGUAAUAUUCAGAGAAGCCUUGACAAUACAGAUUGAGAACAAGCAUGAAAAGAAAAUGUUUCUUGAGAGAAUGGCUGACAUCAAGUUCAUUUUUCCUGUGAAAAUUGGAAAAAAACUGCAAAACUAUCACCAACCAUUUGUGGCUGAGAGAACUGCUGUUAAAAUCCGUGGAUCUUUGAUAGACAGUGACCCCAAGCAUCAAGAACUGAUUUGGUCUUCAAUGCCAAUUAUACAUCUUAAGGUUUAUAAGUCACAGGAUGUCAUGAAAAGGAUGAAUAAUGCUGGUGCUCAUGAACAACCACCUCCAAACUGUGUCACCAGUAACAUGAGAAACAUCUGUCAGUCGCCCUGUAAAACUGAGAAGUUGAUCAAAACCCGUGCAGAGGUUUUUCGAAGCACUUAUGCAUACCUGCAAGCACACACAUUUGAAAGCAAACCAUUGGCUGGUUUUCCUGUUGUUUUGGUUGAAAAAGACAAGGAACUCGCAAAGCCUGAGGAUACUUGUUUUUCACUCCCUCACCACAACGAGUUCAGAUCAUAUUUGCACAACAUUUCUCCCAAGGAUGUCAUGUUUUCAACGUUCUUCAAGCAAAUUGGUGUUAAGGACACACCUACAGCCGAGCAGUAUUGUAAUGUUCUGGCGGCAGUUUAUGCUGACUCCUGUGAUAAACCUAAUCUUAACCCAAACCAGCAGAAAACUGUGAAACGUGCAGUUCAGCAGUUUUUCAUGUUAAUCAAAACUAAAAGAAAGCAGUCCCUUGUUGACAAUUCAAUGACUUUGUAUCUUCCUGCAGUAGAUGGUAAAUUAUACCCAUCAUGCAAACUCUACUACAAUGAUACAGUGUUUGAGAUCAAAAGGUUGGAAGAAGCGCUGGAUAAUAAGUUUCUAUUGCUUGAGAAACUUAGUGAGUGUCACUUAGGCGGUGACCUGUAUGAGCAUCAGCGGUUGCUGCAAUUGCUUCCUCAGACUUUUAAGCCUAAUAUGCUGUCUCAAAUCACUGAGGAGAAAGUACUGGAAUCACACAUGCAGCUCUGUGAGGUUGGUGCUGACUGUGAAUUUAGUGGAUGUUUUGAAAGACAUUUGUCCUCAGAAGCAUUUAAACAUGGACUAAUUUGUCUCAUCAGAGACCAGUCCCAGGGGGAAAUAACACAAGAGGAUGCUAGUGCGAUGUGCAAGAAGACCUUUGGCAGUAUUCAGAUUGUCUGCUGCAAAAAAAUAACAACUGAGCUUUGGGUGAACAAACAGCCACUACACAAGACUGCCACUCAAACAGAUGUUUUUGUCAAACAAGAGCAACAAGGUUGCAUGUUUUACUUGAAACACAACAACGACAUGUGUUAUAGGGUGAUAAGUGAGGUCAAUAUGACAUUGACAACGGAGAUUAAUGCUCUUUUAGGUAACAUAUUGGAAUCAAAACACCUUGGGGUCCUAUCACACCUUCUCACGUGUGACAGUUUGCAAGAUGUUCUGAAAACUCUGGCUAAGAAGGGGAUCCGUGACAGUCCUGAAACUCAAAGCAUUUUCUGCAAUCCCCCAGCCCCUGGAACAGAAAUCCCAGUGGAAUGGCAUGAUUCCUUAGACAUGAGCAUCCUCAAUAACUUUGAAGAGGGCGAAUAUGUUGGUUACAGCACCAACAACAUGUAUAUCUAUGCAGUUAUUGUUGAAGAACUGCCUGGGCAGUCGGGACCAUAUUCACACAGAUACAAAAUAGAUAUUGGAGGAGACGAACCUAUUGAAGUCAGUUGUCUUGACCUGUAUCAGUUGAAACGACAAAAGAAACCAGAAAAUAAAGGGUCGACUUCUGCUUCUACAUCUGCUGAUACUUCUUGCAUGGAUCUGGUGCCACUUGACGGAGCUAUGCCACAUUCUUCCAAACCAUCAACUACAAGUUCCUCAUCUACGAGAUCCUCCCCAGCCUCUCUUGACGAAGCUAAAUGGGAAAUUGAGAAAUAUCUGAAAGAAAUCUGGACUCUUCCUGAGGAGGAAAAGCAUAAAGCCAUCAAACGACUUUACCUAAGAUGGCAUCCUGACAAAAACCUUGACUGCAUACCUCUUGCCACUGAGGCAUUCAAAUACCUGCGGAAUAAAGUUGCUGAGUUCAGCAAAGGGAAAGGCCAAUGCAAAAGUACAGGCUCAUCUUAUUCAAGCAGAAGACCAGAUUUCAGUAACUACUAUGACCAAUGGGAUCAAGAGGCCAGGCAUCACAGAAAUGGUCGAGACAGAUUCUCCAGAAGCAACCGUACCUACAAUUUUUGGACACAUAAUGAAAAUGUCCCAAGGCCAAACAAAGAGGAGGCCCAACGCUGGAGUAGACAAUCUCGCUGUGAUCUCAAAGCAGCCUACAGAGACAUUAAUGAGGCGAGCACAGAGUGGUGUCUGUUCAAAGUCCACCAAGCUGUGGAAAAGUCUCUCACAGCUGCAAAAUAUAAAAAAGAUGGUCAGCAUCCCACCAGCAGCUCCAUUUUAUCCCUUGCAGCAGAAGUUUCCCUGUUCAACCUCAAACUGAGAGUUCUUCCUCAAAUAGUGGGGAAUCUGAAGGCGUUGGGAGUGGACAACAAAAAGACUCAGUAUCCAAACUGCCAUCCAUUUCCCCAUAUUCCGAAUGAACAGUUCAAAUCAGAGAAUGAGUUGUUGGCACUGGAGAGCGCAUCUGAGCUUCUGCGUUUAGUCGAGGAAUAUGUAAAUUAGGGAUUCAAGACAAACUGUCAUGUCAUGUUAGCAGAGUCAAUUUAGGUUUGUUUGACAUGUAAAAUGGUACCACCCAUAUUUCUCUAUUAAGAAAUCAUUGCUCUGAAGAAACAUAAAUAUGAAAUAUAUCAGUCAAAAUUCUGACAAAAAAAAAUUGUUUGUUUUGUAAUGGAAAUGGAAAUAUGAUAUUUUAGUUUUUAUUACUCACUGGGGACCUAUAGGCCCUUUAUGAUUUUGUUAUGGAAAGGAAGGAAGUUAUAUUUGUCAAAGUUAUCGUUUAUGACCACUUGGGAUCACUUUAACUCUUUAUUACUGUAUUUUAUUUUUUAUUAUUCUACGAAUGUACAACUACUUAAUGUGAAGACCAAUUUAUUUUUACUUUGAAAUGUUGUCAACAGUUAAAACUACUGUCUUAGGUCCAAUAUAAUAUCUGUAUGACUUUCUGAAAAUGAAAAUAUGAAAGUAUUUUUUUUGCUAUGAUAUCAUUUAUACCUAUGCGUUAGGUACAAUACAACCUCUGGUUUACUUAUAUAUUUUACUUUAUUUUAAAUACAAAUAUAUUUUACUAUCUUUACAAAUUACCUUUUUGUUUGUUCAGCAUUGUUAAAAACAUUUACAAUUACUAACUGUGACCACCAAUGUAAUAUAUGUAUGACUUUGAUAUAAAAAAAAGUCAAGAUAUUUUUUCGCAUUUGUAAACAUUUACACUGAGGACCAAAAUGAUUACUGUAUGGAUUGUUCCUCACAGUUUUCAAAACACUGAGUUUCACUGAGUUAUCAAUAAUUCAAAGAAACAAUGGCAUAACCAGAAAUAUUUAUAAGAUGUUAUGUUCUGUUCUCAUUUAGUACUACCUACUCAGGAUCAAUAUAAUCCAUAAAAGUACAAAUGUCACAUCAUUUAAUUUCUUCACUAUUGUAUUUUUUGUUUGUCUUCAAUAAAGGAUUAAACAGUA